UCAAACAAAAAAAAAAAAAAAAUGUCCCUCUCAUUGUUAUUCCUCUUUUAUGCGCCAAACCAAACUACCGUAACCACCACCCACCCACCAUGUUCCUCUCAGCCCACAAGACGCCGCCAUUCCUCCACACACUCCACCGCCUCGCCAACUCUCGGAAUCUCCGCCGCAACAACAUGUUCUGCCGAGUUGCGCCGGGGCUCUCCGUCUCGUCCUCCCUCGGCUCCGUCUUUGCCUCCGGAAACGCGAUCGCCGCCGCGGCAGGCUCGGGCUCCUCGCUACACGGGGCCGUGACGUCGGCCAUCACGCACGUGGCCGUCACCGCCGUGGCCAUCGCGUCGGGGGCUUGUCUAUCCACCAAGGUCGAUUUCUUGUGGCCCAAGAGGGAGGAGCAGCCAGGUUCCUUUAUACUGGAGGGAGUAGAUGUAACUGGGUAUCCUAUAUUUAGUGAUCCAAAGGUACAAAAGUCAAUUGCAUUUGCGAAAAAAGCUCACUGUGGCCAAUUUCGGAAAACAGGAGACCCUUAUCUAACUCAUUGUAUUCAUACGGGAAGGAUCUUAGCAAUGUUGGUUCCAUCAAGUGGCAAACGAGCUGUUGAUACAGUUGUGGCCGGGGUUCUCCAUGACGUAAUUGAUGAUACAUGUGAAAGUUUGCACAAGAUAGAAGAAGAGUUUGGUGAUGAUGUAGCUAAGUUGGUAGCUGGUGUUUCCAGGUUAAGUUAUAUAAAUCAGCUGUUACGGAGACACCGCAGGAUAAAUGUGAACCUGGGUACCCUUGGUCCUGAAGAGGCUAAUAAUUUACGAGUUAUGCUCUUGGGCAUGGUUGAUGAUCCACGUGUAGUGCUCAUCAAGCUUGCAGAUCGACUUCACAACAUGAGAACCAUUUUCGUGCUGCCGUUGCCGAAGGCUCAAGCUGUUGCAGAGGAGACCUUAGUUAUAUGGUGCUCACUUGCUUCCAGAUUGGGUCUGUGGGCAUUAAAAGCUGAACUGGAAGAUCUGUGCUUUGCUGUUCUUCAGCCUCAAAUGUUUCAGAAGAUGCGAGCUGAUCUUGCGUCCAUGUGGAGCCCUAGCAGCAGAGCAGGAAAUCCUAGACGAUUAUCUGCGCGAGUGGGCUUGUCACCAAUGGAUGAAAGGAACUCAACUUCCGAAUAUGAAAGGUCCUUGGCAAUUGAUGAAGACAUCACAAGCAUGAAGGAUCUUUUGGAGGCUGUAGUUCCUUUUGAUAUCUUGUUAGAUCGGAGAAAACGGACUAAAUUUCUCAGUAGUCUCACAAGUACUCUGGAGACAAACAUGAAACCCAAGGUUUUGCACGAUGCUGGAAUUGCUUUAGCAUCUCUGGUAGUUUGUGAGGAAGCACUUGAGCGGGAGUUAAUUAUAUCAAAUUCUUAUGUUCCAGGGAUGGAAGUAACUUUAUCAAGCCGACUAAAAAGCUUGUAUAGUAUUUUCAGCAAGAUGAAACGGAAAGAUGUCAGCAUCAAUAAAGUAUAUGAUGCUCGUGCAUUAAGGGUAGUUGUCGGAGACAAGAAUGGAACUCUGCAUGGACCUGCUGUUCAGUGUUGCUACAGUCUUCUCAACAUUGUGCACAAGCUUUGGACCCCUAUUGAUGGUGAAUUUGAUGAUUACAUUGUUAAUCCAAAGCCUAGUGGUUAUCAGUCUCUGCACACUGCUGUUCAGGGUCCUGACAGCUCACCUUUGGAAGUUCAGAUAAGAACACUGAGGAUGCAUGAGUAUGCUGAACAUGGACUUGCUGCACAUUGGCUCUAUAAGGAAACCGGAAACAAGCUGUCUUCCAUUAGCAGCAUGGAUGACUCUGAAAUAGAAGCAUCCACCUAUUUCUCCAAAGACAUGGACGACCAAAGUCCCAAUGUAGAUGGCUUGUUUCAGAAAUAUAGUUCCCUCAAAGUUGGACACCCAGUUCUUAGAGUGGAAGGAAGUCAGUUACUUGCUGCUGUUAUUAUCAGAGUGGAUAAUGGUGGAAGAGAACUGCUUGUUGCUGUCAGCUUUGGACUAGCAGCUUCUGAAGCAGUAGCUGACAGAAGAUCUUCUUUUCAAAUAAAGCGAUGGGAAGCUUAUGCAAGGUUAUACAAACAGGUGUCUGAUGAGUGGUGGUGUGAACCAGGACAUGGGGAUUGGUGUACUUGCCUAGAGAAGUAUACACUCUGUCGAGAUGGUAUGUACCACAAGCAAGACCAAUUUGAGCGCUUACUGCCAACCUUCAUCCAGGUCUUUAACUUGACAGAGCAAGAAGAAACUGAAUAUUGGGCUGUUGUAUCUGCUGUUUUUGAUGGCAGGCAGGUUGAUUCUGUAACAUAUAGGCCAAGCUUUGUAUCAAUUAAUUCAACUUCCUUGGAAACUAGCAUUAACAACAAGGUGCGUCUACUGAGAACAAUGCUUCAGUGGGAAGAGCAACUACGCUCUGAAGCAAGUCUUGGACAGCCAAAACAUGGUGGAAAUUUUCAUGUUAGUCCGGGCUCUGUUGUCCUUGGGGAAGUGGUGAUUGUUUGUUGGCCCCGUGGUGAGAUAAUGAGGCUGAAUACUGGUAGCACAGCCGCAGAUGCUGCUAGAAAAGUAGGAUUCGAGGGAAAGCUGAUUUUGGUGAAUGGCCACCUGGUAUUACCCUGUACAGAGCUCAAAGAUGGUGAUGUGGUAGAAGUUAGAAUAUAAAUAACUGUGUAGAGUCCAUCAGUGUAAAUAAUAGAGGAAAAAGAAAUAUAUUAUCCCCAUUUUAUUGUAUGCAUCAGAAUAUUCGAGGCUGCGGUAAGUACUGU